AUGGCCAUGCGCAUAAAUCUGUGGGUGACAGCGUUCAUGUUGUUGGCAGUGGCUCAAGUGAGAGCGCCUCCUGUGGGAUGUUCCUUAAAUGGAACUUCGGAUAAUUCAAACUGUUUUUCUCGCCCAGGGAUUAUUCAGCUUCUUUUUGACAAGACCAAGGAAGCUCAGGUACAGACAGAGGAAGAUUUCGUCCUUCCUCCGCUAUUCUGGAAAAAGAAAAAAGGUAUCUAUGGGAGCGAUGUUAAACUAAAUUUCCACGGAGAACCGGCAGUGGCCUUAAUGAGAGAAACUUUCAAAGUCUUCGACAAUAACAUGUUCGCAACAGCAUGGAUUACAGUAUCUCUGAUUGAGGCGUAUAAAUAUGGCGGUGCUCCAAUGCCGACUGAUGAGCAAAUCAGGCUUUCUAUUGAAGCCAUUGGUCAUUUUCACGACAGAAAUCGUCCCCAGCCGAACUCUAUCAUGACGUUCUGGCCGGAAGUCUUCAAUGACACAUCCUCGUGUUGGCAAAGCACCCCAGGUAACUUGUUGUCGUUGUUCAAAAUGGCGGACUAUGUCCCCUGGACCCUGUUUGAAGAUAUUCUGAAGCUCAUGGGGCUCAAAACUGAUGCAAAAUAUAUCGACGGGCUCAUCAAGGAAAGGUCUCACUUUGCCAGAGCGUUUCACAUUCCUCCUGACUUUGACGAUACCUUUGUCAAUCUUGGACUCGGUGCGCUACUGACAGAAUACAAGGAUGACUUCCCCGAGUCUUAUCAACUGUGGUUGUCUCAAAAUACCGCCCUCGACACGAUCUGGCAGGCUCUAAAGGCCUAUGCCUAUCGCCCAUUUUCAAACGACAGUAAGAUAAAUACUGUAGACACUAGGACUUAUUUCUACAUCCGUGGAUUUCUAGAAGAAGCCAAGAGCGCAGGAAAAGACGUGGCUCUAAUUCCCACAUGGGUUCAGGACCUAGAAGAAGACGUUAAGAUGGUAAAACGAGGUGUGGGAAUGCCGUUUAAUGUUAACAACGUUGACGUCACUGUGUCUGCAAACGCCAUAUUUGGUAUCACAGCAGCCGUGGCGAGUGGGCUAGUCAAUGAGAGUGUACUGAACGAUCCCGAUGUUGAGAAAAUCUAUUCCAGCACAUCUGACAUGUUGGUUUGGGAAAUCGAGCGCGACUUUGAAGGGCGGAGGGAUCUCGCGUUGACUUAUUACCCCUCGGCUUUUGAAUUUUAUUGGUUCAUUUCUCGGACCUUUGUGCUUCUUGAGAGACACGCGCACACCAAUAAAACUCUUCUGGCGCCAUUAGAGACCGUGCGACAGAAGUUUGGAAACGUUUUGCGGAAUCACGUGACGAACGUCGUUAUUUCGCAAGCACUUCCGGAGGGCACUGCUAUGCUGUACUUUGACGAUUUCCUUGGCGACGGUGACGUUACGGGUGAUGGCAAGACAGAGGUCAAAGGAGAGGAUCGGAUAUUUACCACUACAAUGGCAGUGAAUACAUUGGUCAACACGUGGUCCGUCUUUGACCCAAUCAAAAAACACAUUCGCUGGGCUCAAGACGCACCGGCUAAUGUCUUGGCAACUGUUUCCAAAGCCACAGCGUGGUUAAUGGAGAACGUGUUGAGCGGAAAUUACAAACCAUGGAACGCUUUCUUCUCAGGAUCCGGGAAGGGCUUUGAUUCAUUGCCAUUCUGGUAUCCGUUUAAUCGCUUGGAAUUCCUGAAUGGAACGAAAAUUCCCCUCAACGUCACGAGCAUUCCCAGUGACAUCAUCUUCGGGUUUCAAGGUGUGACGACACACGAACAGUACGAAGCUAUGUUGAACCAGACUCACUUCGGGAUGAAAACGCCUCUUAAAUUCAUUGGGUAUAAUGCGGGAACCAGUUACUUCCCUUUUUGGUCCUCCGAAACGUACACUUACACCACGACGAUGUUGGCAUUGGCGCAGGCGCAGUCCCUGUCAAAUUCUACCUAUAAUUCAAUUUCCACAGAUAAACUGAUGUAACACUUUCAACAUGGAAUAUUUCAAAAUAAAUCACAGCAUUUUAAAGGAUGAACUGGGCGAAGGCCUGUAAUUGCUUUCGUAUUUAUCAUUUCAUAACAGCAUGAUAACUGACACUGUAAUUGAUAUCAAACGCAACACAUUUAUAAGGAUCAGUCCUCUCUGUGUUUUUUGGAAGACAAAAUAGCACAGUGAGGGUAGUUUUUCAAUAAAAUUAAUAUGCUUGAAUAUUACUUGAUAAGGCAAAAUGUCAACAGCAAUAAC